AUGGCCUCCGACAAGAUUCCUAACGUUUACGGACCAGGCACGUUCACCGAUAAAACAUUCACGCUAGUAUCUGAAGACACUCAGCGUAUCUUCCGUCUCAUUAUAGGCCAGACUUCUGGCUUCACGCAAGAUGAGUGCUUGCUUUCUAAGGUCAAAUUCACUGGAGAGGAAUACCCUGUGAUCCCUGGUCCGAUCAAAACCGUCUCUGUUGCCGCUUCUCUUCACGCAAUGACCGGCGUGCUUGCCGACGAAAUUUUGGCCAUCCGCGGUGUGAAGAAUGAUAAGCGGCAAAUCACAGUCAACACCACACAUACAGCGAUAUGGUUCGGCUGUAUCGCGACCGCCUUUCUCGAUGGGGUUGAUGUUAUCAGCCUUACUAGGCAGGGCAAGCUCAAAGGCCUUUUGCCUGACUGGGAGCAAGGCUGGACAGACACUGCCCUCAAGUAUCGCACUACUGGACUAUACCCGACGAACAAUCCCGACGUAUGGUAUUCCCUCCAUGGUAGCAUGAACGCUGAGCCGGUCUUGCGGUCCAUUGGAGUUGACCCCUUAACUCUGAUUAAGUCCAACGACGAGGCUGCUGCGCACAUUGCUCGGCAUACUAUCAGACUGAGCCCCGAGAAAAUGGAAAUGACAAACCUCCUCAACGGGCUAUGCGGCAGCAUCUACCAGACGGUUCCCACUCCGCCCGUUGCUUUCCCAUCCCUAAAUCCCAAUGACAAGCGACCUUUGUCUGGAGUCAAGGUCAUUGAAAUGAUCAGGGUCAUUGCUGACCCAGAAUUCGGAACCAUUUUGGUAGCAUAUGGCAAGCGUACAAUCGCGAUAGAUCUUCGAAACAAGAAGGAUGAAGGGUUGCUGAAGUCUCUCGUGUCUGAGUGCGACGUCUUCAUCCAGGGAUUCCGUCUCAAUAAGAUGCCCAAGUUUGGUCUCGGACUUGACGAUCUUUUGAAAAUGGCUGGCGAGCGCGGUCGAGGCAUUGUUCAUGUGAGCGAAAACUGCUACGGCCCCGACGGAUAUUAUGCGGAGCGACCUGGCUGGCAGCAGAUUGCCGAUGCUGCUUCUGGAUCAGCCUAUGCUGUAUUGCCCAGUUUACCUAUUUCCGACAUGUCAACUGGUGUUUUGGGCGCUGUCGGUGCCAUGCUUGGUUUGAAGCGGCGUGCGGUUGAGGGAGGAAGCUACUACUCUCACGCCAGCCUUACGGGUGUGAACGCUUACGCUCUCACUGAGGGUGUAGGUCUCUACCUUCAGAGUGUUGUUGAUGAUUGCAAGAAGCGCUUUCAGUGGGGUGAGAUGAGAGGCGCACAUCACGUUCUGGAUCUCCUUGUCACUGUCUGGAAUGGAUGGAAGCAGGUUUUGAGUGAUUAUCUGGACCCCGAAGGGGAGUGGUUCCGGAGUUUCAACGGAAGCUCGUUUGACAACAAAACACUAACUAUAUUGAGACCUGUUGACAGAUUUGAGGGAGAGUCGGAAUCAACCCCACACUGGAAAACACCAAGUGUACCAUAUGCGCACGAGAAAGCGGAGUCUGUCAGAUUCAUGUAG